GCCAUCUUUCUGCUUUGCGGCCGGUCUUGGCUGUGGCGGUAGCGAGGGUGAGGGCGUGGGGACGGGUGGGGUGAGGAGCGAGGCCGCGGCGAGGGGGGCGAAACUCUCCUCCCCUCAGCCCCACCGCGUGGGACGGCGUGAACGCUGUGUCGAAGGGAUGUCCGCUUUCUCUGAGGCGGCGCUGGAGAAGAAGCUGUCGGAGUUGAGCAACUCGCAGCAGAGCGUGCAGACCUUGUCCCUGUGGCUCAUCCACCACCGCAAGCACUCGCGGCCCAUCGUCACCGUGUGGGAGCGGGAGCUGCGCAAAGCCAAACCAAACAGGAAACUUACUUUUCUCUACCUAGCCAAUGAUGUCAUUCAGAACAGCAAAAGGAAGGGGCCGGAGUUUACAAAAGAUUUUGCACCAGUUAUAGUGGAGGCUUUUAAGCAUGUUUCAAGUGAAACUGAUGAAAGUUGUAAGAAACACCUUGGAAGAGUGUUAUCUAUUUGGGAAGAAAGGUCUGUUUAUGAAAAUGAUGUAUUAGAACAACUUAAGCAAGCUCUGUAUGGUGAUAAGAAGCCUAGGAAGCGAACUUAUGAACAGAUAAAGGUAGAAGAAAAUGAAAACUGUUCCUCUCUGGGAUCUCCAAGUGAACCACCACAGACUCUAGAUCUCGUUAGAGCAUUACAAGAUCUAGAAAAUGCAGCUUCAGGUGAUGCAGCAGUCCAUCAGAGAAUAGCAUCUUUGCCUGUUGAAGUCCAAGAAGUAUCCCUACUAGAUAAGAUAACAGAUAAAGAAUCUGGAGAAAGGCUUUCUAAAAUGGUAGAGGAUGCUUGUAUGUUGCUGGCAGAUUAUAAUGGGAGAUUGGCAGCAGAAAUAGAUGAUAGGAAGCAACUCACUCGAAUGUUAGCAGAUUUUCUUCGUUGUCAAAAGGAAGCCCUUGCAGAGAAAGAGCAUAAAUUGGAAGAAUACAAGCGCAAGUUAGCCAGAGUUUCCCUCGUACGCAAAGAACUCAGAUCCCGGAUCCAGAGCCUGCCAGACUUAUCUCGAUUGCCUAAUGUCACUGGCAGCCACAUGCACCUGCCCUUUGCGGGGGACAUCUACAGUGAAGAUUGAUGACCAGUCUUUUUCCAGGGUCCAGGACUUUACAAGAGAUGGAGACAGGUUAGGUGGAUAGUCCUGUAGUGUUAUUUUUGUAUAUGAUUGAGAGAGUGACACUAACAGAAGAAAUGACAAGUAAUUUAUAAAAUUGUUUAAAAUGUUGGUAUGUUUACUAUUUUAUUGGUAAGUUAACAUGACUUAGUAACAAAUAGAUGAUCUCUGUGUAUUAAUAAGCUCACAAAUAGUGAUUAUUUUCAGAAGAUCUUUUGUAAAUUUUUUUGAUUCAGGGCCUUGUGAGAAAUUCUAUGUUUCUAUUUCUUCAUGUAUAUUAAAAUGUUUUUCUUUAUUUUCUUCCAUAUCUAAUCACUAUAUAGUGUGUAAUUUCUAAAGGGUAAGAACUAAUCAGGAGUUGGUUGAGGCUUUAUUAUGGUAUACGUAGGGCUUGAUUGUAGAAGGGACUAAAUGUUCCAACUUAAUCUUCAUCCUUCUCCCUGACCAAAAUAUCAGUUCUGGCCCUCUCAAUCCCUUUGAUUUCUUAAUCCCUAGAGAUCAGUAAUUUAACACCAAACAGGGAUGUCAUUCUGAGGGUCAGAUCAGAGCCUAGUGGACUUACCCACAAUAGCAUUAGAGGGUUUCCAUGCCAACUGCCAAUGUAGAGUAGAAGGAGUGUUAAAUAGGGACCCCCUUGAUUAAACUGUUUAGAAUUAUUUGAGUAGGUUAUUAUGAAAAUGUUUUGGAAAUGUUAUAAAUUUUGACAUUCUGCCAAGAGGACAACUUUGAUUCUGGAACUGAUUUCUUUUUGUCAAAUCAGUCUCCUUUUAACAUUGAUAGCUUUAACAUAAAGCCAUCUGGGAUUAAAAGAAACAAAAAAUGAUACUUUAAUUAUUCCCUUAGCCAUUUAACUUUAAAAACAAUAUGGUAUUUUUAACUCUGAUAUCUCAAGAUCACAAUAUCCAUUAAUAUUCAAGAAAGUAGCCUGGAACAUUUUUAAUGUUUCCUUAAGGUUUUUGAAUGACUGUAUAUUUGGAAAUUAAGCAGUGCUACACUGCAGGGUAGAACUAGUAAAUACUAUAUUUGUAUAUUUAGAAUUACCAAAACAAAUGUACUUUUACCUUUUAUUUCUAACCCUAUGUGUUAGAGCAAUUGCAUGCUCUCCUGCCUUCUUUUUAAAUCUCAUUAUUAAGCUGUGGAUUUGUAUUCAGUAAUGACUUAGGAUAAACAUUUUUUUCAUUCAUAACUUUACACAUUACUUUUUGUUGUAAGCAGAUUCAAAUUAGAUAGUCAAUAAAACAUCUUUUAAAUCCCACAAGCCAGUUAUGUGUCUCACUAGUCUGAAUGGCUUCACUCUUUCUCAGUAUUAGAGAUUAUAGUUAAAAUGAAUUUGUAUAUCUUGGAGAAGGCAGAUUAUUAAUUUUUAAUAGCCAUUAGUUCUGGAAACAAUGCUUUUAACAAUUCGACCUCUAAAACAGAGACACAUGUAAGUAGUCCCCAUCCACAUGUAGCUUAUAUUCCAAAGUUUUUUAGUCAACUUUUGGGAUUCAGGCACAUUUUCUCACAGCAACAAUAGUAGGUUCUUUGUGAACACACCACAGAAAACUCACCUGGGAACCUAAUUCACUUAAGCAUGAAUGUACUUAAUCUGUAAUGUGGUUGACAAAUUACUAGUAAUAGAUCCUGACCGGCACUUGUAACAUGACUAUAACUAAGGAAAUUGUGUGCAGCAGCCAGACUCAUACAUUGGGUGUCUGUCUGUCUGUGUACCUCUGUCCCUAGGUAGAGGAUAUGUAAGAAAAAAACUCUGCAUGGUGGUAACAAAUGCACAAUUACAAAAACCUGGUUAAUACUGUUAAAAUGUAUACCACAUAAGUUAGUUUUUGUUAAAAGUGAAAGCAAAAACUUGUAUAUUAAUUUAUUUUCAAUAUCUUGACCUUAUUUACAAUUUGCUAAAGUGGUGGUUUAUCCAUUCAAAGUAUAUAUUUUUUUCCAUUUAAAACUAAUUUAUAAACUGUACUCUUGGGAAGAUUUGAAAUUUAUUAGAAGUUUGUUGAAAUAUUUUCACAAUUUAAGACAAACUUCUUAUAUAAUGAUUUUAAUGCCAGUAUCUGCUCUAAAUAUAUAUGAUAAAAAUGCAUUAUUUUUUUAAAGUGCUUGAAGAGAUUUGUGAUAGUAUGAAGCCUGUAUCCUACUCCCAAUCUGAACCCUUGACCAAUCCUCUGGAAACCUUCAGUUGUUGGUUCAUUCAUUCACUGUGAACAUAAAUGAUAUGGUGUGUUCUGAAAGUUAUGUUUUCAGCUUUAUAACAGCUUACAUGAUAAGCCCUAGCAGUAAAUAGUCUUCCUUUUCAAAACGUAGACUACAUUUUCUCAAGAAGUAGAAUUAGAUGGGGGUACUAUAAUGCCAAAUCCUAAAUCAUGAGCAUUUUCUCUACUGUGUACUUAAGGCAGAUCAUGCAUCUUGGAGUGCAGUUUGGCCUGGCCCUCAAGAGAAAAGCGUAUCACCACACUUGCAGUAGGUGUACUAUGGUUUGAAUGGAUACCAUCACUCUUUUCUCCACAAACAGUGCAGAGAGCUGUCUGGAGUGGCAAUUUGAACAGAUUCCCUGGCGUUCCCUCUGCUCCUUCCAUCACUACAGUAAGUAAAAGAACCAUACAGAGUCUGAGGAAAUUGACUGUGCCUAAGAGCCAACCGUCCCCUCUAGGAGAACCAGUCCAGGUGCAGCUAUUUUGGUACCUCUUCUUGCCUGCUCUCUGAGUCAGGGUUUUUCUAUAAGAACUCAGAAUCAACAAAAGCUGGGAUGUCCUGGCCACGAUGAUUUACAAAAUUAAAAGAACAAAACUAGGGGAUUAGUUGUCACUGAAGAUGAGCAACUCAUUUAUUAAAGUAUAGUUAGUGAACUGGUUCUGAGAAAUCUUUAGAAAGAAAAAACUGAAAAGUACAAAUUAAUUGGGAAAGUUAGAAUGUCCUUUCUGAAUUUUUCAUUCUAAAACUUUAUAUGAAAUAAAGCUACUAAACUGCUUUGUAUUCUAUUAAUAGCUCCUAAAGUCCUGUUUCGUAGUUGUUGCACUCUGUCAAAGUUUUUCAAAGUGUAAACCCAACUCUCUGUGUAGAAGGGAGCAUUGUGAUACUUGCUGAAUUCAUUUAUACAGAACAUUUGCUGCCCUUUAAUUCCAGGCAACCACACAUGAGUCUGUUUCGAGGUGGCAGUAGCACAUGGGGAAGUUUCCCUGUUUCUUUACCCGUUUCUCUUUGGCUGUAUCUGAUGACAGUAUGAGACAUUCUUAAUAAAGUUUUAUGUUCUUUUUGAAA